AUGCUCUCUUCGUCUCGCCAACUGCCUGUCUCGCUAGCGAGCAGGCUUGUCUCUCUGUCACGGACGAACACAUGGCCAUGGUCUGCUUGCCUGUACCAACGACGCCACGCAUCGGCGGCGACGGCCACGAAGGCGAAGUCCGAUGAGGAAGUGACAGCGGAGGAGAAGGCACAGGAGAAGGCGAAGGAGGCUGCGAAUAUCACGGCGAACCUGCGGAAGACAUACCAGCUCACCCACGCCGACAAGGCACGACUGACGUAUCAGAGGAAUAUUGGUAUCUCGGCACACAUCGACUCUGGCAAGACCACCCUCACGGAACGUAUCCUAUACUACACCGGACGUAUUCGGGAUAUUCAUGAAGUUCGAGGACGUGAUAAUGUCGGUGCGAAGAUGGACAGUAUGGAACUCGAGCGAGAGAAGGGUAUCACCAUUCAGAGUGCGGCAACGUUCUGCGACUGGGAAGCUCAGUCUCCAAUGACUGGCAAAAAGGAAAAGUUUGCUAUCAAUAUCAUUGACACGCCUGGUCACGUUGACUUUACUAUUGAGGUCGAGCGUGCUCUUCGAGUACUUGAUGGUGCCGUCUUGGUUUUAUGUGCUGUUUCUGGAGUCCAGAGUCAAACGAUUACUGUCGACCGCCAAAUGCGACGAUACAAUGUUCCUCGGAUAUCCUUCAUCAACAAAAUGGACAGACCGGGUGCUAACCCAUGGCGAGUAAUCAACCAGAUUCGGACAAAGCUUCGCAUCCCAGCAGCUGCCGUCCAAGUUCCCAUCGGAAUGGAGGACAACCUCCAUGGUAUGGUCGAUCUCGUUCGCUGGAAGGCUGUUUACAACCAGGGUGUAAAGGGUGUUGACGUUGUCGAGUCUGACGAGAUUCCUGCUGAGGUCCUCGAGCUCGCUAAGCAGAAACGCACGGAACUCCUCGAACAGCUCGCAGAAGUAGAUGACGAAAUCGGUGAACUCUUCCUCAUGGACGAGGAGGUUUCUCAGGUCCAAUUGGCUGAGGCCAUCCGUCGCGCCACCGUCUCACUCAAGUUCUCUCCUGUCUUCCUCGGUUCCGCCAUCAAGAACACUGCUGUUCAGCCUAUGCUGGACGGCGUGUGUGCGUAUCUCGCCAAUCCCGCUGAGGCUAAGGUUGUCGCUCAAGAGACGUCUUUGGGAGCGGAUGCGCCACCCGUCGAACUGGUUCCCGCUGCUGCCGCUCCUCUUGUGGCCCUCGCCUUCAAGUUGGAAGAAGGUCGUUUUGGACAGCUCACUUAUAUUCGAGUGUAUCAGGGCAGCAUCAAGAAGGGACAAUUCAUUUACCACGGUCGCACUGGCAAAAAGAUCAAGCUCGCUCGUCUCGUCCGUAUGCAUAGUAAUGAGAUGGAGGAAGUCGAACAAAUUGGCCCUGGUGAAAUCUGCGCCAUCUUCGGUGUUGAAUGUGCUUCCGGUGAUACCUUCACGGAUGGUACUUCCAACUUCUCCAUGAGUUCCAUGUUUGUCCCCGAGCCUGUCAUUUCACUCGCCCUCAAGCCUGUUGGUCAAGAGACACCCAACUUCUCGCGGGCGCUCAAUCGAUUCCAAAAAGAAGAUCCAACCUUCAGGGUCCACAUCGACCAGGAAAGCAGAGAGACUAUCAUCUCCGGAAUGGGUGAAUUGCACCUCGAGAUCUACGUCGAGCGCAUGAAGCGCGAAUAUAAUGUUGCAUGCACAACCGGUCGGCCACGCGUUGCCUUUAGGGAGACGAUCACCCAACGCUCCGACUUCUACUACACACACAAGAAACAAACUGGCGGUGCCGGUCAAUAUGCCCGUGUCAUUGGCCACAUCGAGCCGAUAGAGUUCAAGCCCGAAGGCGGAAAAGACGUCGAAUUCGAGAACGUUGUCAUGGGUGGCAACAUCCCUUCGAAUUACAUCCCUGCCGUCGAGAAGGGCUUCUACGACGCAUUGGAGAAGGGUACGCUCAGUGGCAACCAAAUCUGCGGUGUUCGUUUCAUCCUCAAGGAUGGUGCCUUCCACGUCGUCGAUUCGUCCGAGUUGGCCUUCCGUCUUUGUGCGAUCGCUGCGUUCCGAGAGGCGUACAAGGGUGCCAAACCAAUCAUCCUUGAGCCGAUCAUGACCGUCGAGGUCGUUGCGCCUGCCGAAUUCCAGAGCACCGUUAUUGGUGGUCUGAACCAGCGUCGUGGGACCAUCAUCGAUAGUGAAGUCCGUGAUGACGAGUUUACCGUCAUUGCUGAAGUUGCCUUGAACGACAUGUUCGGGUACUCUAACCAGCUUCGUGGUUCUACGCAAGGAAAAGGAGAGUUCAGCAUGGAGUAUAAGACACACAUGCCUGUUCUACCCAACGUCCAAAAAGAGCUCGAGGACGCGUACCGGAAGUCCCAGCCUCAGAAGAAGGCAUAGACGUCUGCAUUGCUAGACUUUUCGGCGGCGUUUCCUAUCUAGAUCUGGGUUGUGCAUUUACUUCCAUGUUCGCUCUGGAUCUGUUGCCUGCACUCAACGGCAUGCAGUGCUUUCCUCGCUCAUCGUAUCUAUAUCAUUAUUCAUUUUACUCCGGAAUUCUAAUGCAUGCAUACACCCACACUCUUCGCAAUCAAACUAUCCACACGCUGACCUAACAAAAC